UCGGCUCAGGUUUCGUUGUCGGACUGGCAUUUAAAUGUGCUGCAGUGAAAGAGCCGGUGGAUUCCUGUGGCCGCGCAAGAAGCUACGCAGCAUACGGAAUAGAUGCUUUUCAACAGCGAUAUUACCGUUUUUCCUAUUUUGAUUUGAUCGGUUAUCUUUUAUUCAGAAAGUAUUCGGUGGCGUUGACCGCGUCUGUGUCCCAAUGUAAGAGACGAGAUCACAUUCUGACAGCUUGUUACGUGCAUCAUUGUUUGUGGGGGAUUCCUCUACAACGUGAAUGAGAAUCUGGCUUUGUAGCUGUGAUAUGACUUUGUGCAUGUGAAUACUCUAAGGUCGAUGUGUUGUGGUAGUAAACUGGCUUUUUAUUCGUCUGAAUGCAGUGGUGUCUUGUGCGUUGCGUGGCCUUGAACAGACCUGGGAAGCUGUUCCAAUGAAGGAUGCUUCAGAAAAAAUAAUUGAUUGAAAAGAAAAAGAAUAACAACUUCCACAAAAGCAAAUUUCGAAAUACCCCCCCCCCCUCCCACAAAAAAAAACAGGCUGUUCGCUGUCGAAUCUCCAUCAUCAUCUUCACCCUCAGCCGCCCCAUAGAGAUUCCCUAUAGAGUAUAAGGUUGUCCAUUGCCCUGUACCAUCAUGUUUAGCUGGUUGGGUACCGAUGACAGGAGGAAGAAGGAUCCAGAGGUCUUUCAGACCGUCAGCGAGGGACUCAAGAAGCUCUACAAGACCAAACUGCUGCCGCUUGAGGAGCACUACAAAUUCCACGAGUUCCACUCGCCCGCCCUCGAGGAUGCAGACUUUGACAACAAACCAAUGGUCCUACUUGUGGGCCAGUAUUCCACCGGGAAGACCAGCUUCAUACGAUACCUCCUAGAGCAGGACUUCCCAGGGAUGCGCAUCGGUCCAGAGCCCACCACCGACUCUUUCAUCGCCGUCAUGCAUGGAGAUGUGGAGGGGCUGGUCCCUGGCAACGCUCUGGUUGUCGACCCCAAGAAACCCUUCAGGAAGCUCAAUGCCUUUGGUAACGCCUUCCUCAACAGGUUUGUGUGUGCACAGCUGCCUAACCCAGUGCUAGAGAGCAUCAGUGUGAUCGACACUCCUGGGAUUUUGUCUGGCGAGAAACAGAGGAUCAGCAGAGGCUAUGAUUUUGCAGCGGUUCUGGAGUGGUUCGCAGAGCGCGUGGACCGCAUCAUCCUGCUGUUUGACGCCCACAAGCUGGACAUAUCGGACGAGUUCUCGGAGGUGAUCAAGGCUCUGAAGAACCACGAGGACAAGAUCCGGGUGGUCCUGAACAAGGCCGACCAGAUUGAGACCCAGCAGCUGAUGAGGGUCUAUGGAGCGCUGAUGUGGUCGCUGGGAAAGAUUGUUAACACGCCCGAGGUGAUCCGAGUCUACAUCGGAUCGUUCUGGUCCCACCCUCUGCUAAUCCCAGAUAACAGGAAGCUGUUCGAGGCGGAAGAGCAGGACUUGUUCAAGGACAUCCAGUCUCUGCCACGCAAUGCCGCGCUGCGCAAACUCAACGACCUCAUCAAGAGGGCCCGUCUCGCCAAGGUGCAUGCCUACAUUAUCAGCUCCCUGAAGAAAGAGAUGCCCAGCGUGUUCGGGAAGGACAACAAGAAGAAGGAGCUGAUUGGCAGCCUGGGGGAAAUCUACAGCCGCAUCGAAAGAGAGCACCAGAUAUCACCAGGAGACUUCCCCAACCUGAAAAAGAUGCAGGACCAGCUUCAGUCGCACGACCUGAACAAGUUCCAGCCCCUGAAGAUAAAGCUGCUGGACAUGGUGGAUGACAUGCUGGCCCACGACAUUGCCCAGCUCAUGGUGCUCGUCCGCCAGGAGGAGACCCAGCGGCCCAACCAGUCGGUGAAGGGCGGCGCCUUCGACGGUACACUCAACGGGCCCUUCGGCCAUGGCUACGGAGAGGGUGCCGGCGAGGGCAUCGACGAGGCCGAAUGGGUAGUGGCGCGGGACAAGCCGGCCUACGACGAGAUCUUCUACACACUGUCUCCCGUGAACGGGAAGGUGACAGGUGCCAACGCCAAGAGGGAGAUGGUGAAGUCCAAGCUGCCCAACACGGUCCUCGGAAAGAUCUGGAAGCUUGCCGAUAUCGACAAGGACGGGAUGCUGGAUGACGAGGAGUUCGCCUUAGCAAAUCAUCUCAUCAAGGUCAAACUGGAGGGGCACGAGUUGCCCGCCGACCUUCCGUCGCACCUCGUGCCCCCCUCUAAGAGAAAAAUCCCAGAGUAAUCCCCCCCUUCCUCCCCCAUCUCCAUCCCACCCUCCUCCCUCUUUCUAUUUUCCAUCGGGAGGAGGAAGAAGAAGAUAGCCGGCAGCAAGGACAAAAGGGUUGAUAGGUGAAGGACCACACUUCAAGAGAGGAGAGCAGAACCUGUGGUAGUCAUGCUGUGUAGUCUGUCUCGAUGUGAAGGGUGUGGCCUUCUCUCCUCUCACCUGUAUGUUUUGUUUUGAUUUUAUUUUUUAUUAUACGUUUGGGAAGGGGAGAAAUUAGAGGUUUUAGAGAAUGAUAUCUGGACCCUUUAGUACACACACACACACACACACAGACAUGCAUGUCAUGCAGUUACUGUAUCUACCCCAAUUGAGAAGUUGGCAUCAAAACUAAAGGAUCUCUCUGUGUCUCUAUAUAUGGGAAUGUAAUUGCAUUUUUAUUUCAUUAGCCUGGUUUGUAUGAUCCUUUUUUUCCUUUGGCACUUUGGACGUCAGACCUCAUAGAACUAAUACAUAUUGAAAAUCUGCCUGUAGACCAUUGUUCCUCAUAUAUUUGUUGUCUGCAUUAUCAAUAACGGUAGUUGUGGCAUGAACUACAGUGAUGUGAUCUGUUCUGUACCCAGAAAGGGGGCAUGUCUAGUACUACAUAACUUGUCCAGCUGUACUAGUCUUGAUAUUCUGCAUGCAUACAAAUCUUCAGAAUAACAGCAGAUUUAAUUUACAAACAUUGCCCAUGUAACUGCUUUGAAUAAUCCCAAUUUGAAUCAAAAUGUUCCACAUUGAAAGAAUUUGAAGGAAAGAAUUUGGUUUUACAUCCAAAUUAUUUCAAAGAGAAAUUUGAUAUUGAAUUAAAAUGCAUUACAUGCAGUGACUUGCAGCAGCGGCCUACAUUGAUUUACUGUGCAGAAGGUGGAAGAAAGUUAUGCAGCAUAGCCAUUGGUUCAUCUUCUUCAUAAACACACAAAACCACAUAAUACAUAUCCUUCCCUUCAGCCCAACCAAUCUUUAUAAUGAUAUACCAACCAAGUAAAAAAAGUUCCUCAUGACAUUUUAUUUGUCAUGUUGUGUAGCACUGUUACCCUAAACUCUGCUGGGACUAUACCGGUGUGGAGGUAACCAUGACAACUUAACUGUCUAUCCAAGAUCUAAAUGUGUAUUGUUGUAUAUGCUACUAGUUUACCCUCUAGAGACUUGUGUAUGUUAUACUUACAGUGUUUUGCCCUUUAGCUAUUACGCUCCUAUGAACUUCCUGUCUUGUGUCUUAAGAUGCGACUGGUAAAGAUGUGAACUGACAGAGACAAUGGUUGGAUUCUGAUUUCUGAUUGGAGGAGAGAUAUGGCACAGACUCUGCCAUUACAGGACACAUAACAGAUUUAACCAACGCUUAACCAGACAUGACCACAUUGGGCCGCUGAAAAGCGACUGUGUUAUUUGUACUGUAUGUAUUCUUGGAAGUACUGGGUUGAACGGUAUCUGUAUUUACUGAAGUUACUCUGACUGAUCGGAUGAUGUAAAAGACACACACACACACACACACACACACCACACAGAUUGAAUUUAGGAGAUGUAGUUUUAUAUGACAAAUGUCAUCUCUUGGUCAAAAGCAAAGUCAAUGGCACUCACAUGCACGUAAAUACACAAAUACACACACACUCUGGAUGCUCACUCUUUGAUUCACCAUCAUUACUAAACCACCUGUACAGACUUGUAGACACGCUGGUUCUCAAACCAAGUCACACAUCUCUGCUAAAACCCAUGGAUAGAUAAGCCAUACCAGAGUGCUAUGGGAUAGGCAUUGACUUGCUGAGCUCAGAUUUAGGAGUGCCUAAGAAGUAGAAGGAAGGGGUGGAUUUGGUCUAAACCAUCUGUUCACAGUAAUGUCCUCAUAUCUGUCUCUGUCAGUUUGUAUGUACUAUAUGUAUGUAUGUGUGUGUGUGUGUUAGUCAAGCGUGCUCCACUACUUAAAGUUAGAGGUUACUGGAUGUGGUUAUGUGUUCCUGUUGUGUGUGUGAAUUAGGAUGGUUGAACAUUCCUCAUAUACACUGGUUUGAAAUUAAGAAUUAAAUAAAGAUAUAAAAUAAAGAAAUUAAA